GCAGCUUCCCCUUCUCCACAUCGCCGGCUCCACGGCUGAGUGCAUACUCAAAGCCGGGUUCCAGAAAGUUAGCCUACUGGGUACGUGGUUCACGAUGGAGCAGGACUUCUACAAAGCGCAUCUGACCGAGAAGUUUGGGCUAGAAGUCAUUGUCGCUGACGAGCAGCGCCGCCAAGCUGUACACAAUUCGAUAUACACCGGGCUCGUAUACGGCGUCAUCAGGGAAUCCUCUCAGGAGAUCUAUCGACGAGUUACCUCAGAGUUUGCUCGUGCGGAAUGUUUGUCCCUCGGCUGUACCGAGAUAGCGUUUUUGAUUCAUGAGGCACAUAGUGAUAUACCGGUUUUUGACACUACAACAAUACAUGCAACCGCCGCUGCGGACUGGGCGAUGAAGGCAGAAAAUGAGUAAGGGGAGUUUAGUACCUCGCCAGCAAUUUUGAUACACUGUGCUAUCCCAGGUUCAGCAAUAUGGAACUCAAACCCUUUUAAGUGAACUUUAUAUCUUCAUUCUCAUGAGCUCUAGUCCG